AUGGGGAAAUCUGUAGUUGUAUUGUCGUGUUUGGUAUUAAUUUUGGCAUAUAUUGGAAAACUUUUCACAGAUUUUGGAUUAUUUCGACGUAUUGAAACGGUAGGACUUGAUAAAUGUCGAUUAGUUGUGCCACCAGGUGGAGAUGAUCAAGCUUUUGAAGAUUUUGCAAUUGAUUAUGAAAAGGGUAUUGCUUAUAUGGCUUGUGAUGAUCGUUCAUGGUUUCAUACGUUUAAUUUAUCAAAUCAAAAUAUUAAAAAACAAGGAAAAAUUUUUACAUUGGAUAUUCAAUCAGAAACAUUUAAACAAUUAAAUUUAAUUAAUUAUCCAUAUGAACAUUUUCAUCCAUUAGGAAUUAGUUUAUUAAAAAGAAAACAUAAUCAAUUAUUCAUGACAAACUAUCGAAUAGAUAAUGGAGAAAUCAUAGGAACUGUAGAUAUAUUUGAAAUUGACUCAUCAAAUGAAAAUCAAAUAAAAUGGAUUGAUUCAGUUGUUCAUCCUCUGUUUACAGUACCUGAUGAUGUUUUGGCAAUUGAUGAGAAGACAUUUUAUGUAACAAACGUCUAUUAUUAUAGAAAAGAUAAGUCAAAUUUGAUGCAUACAUUUGAAGUUUUUUUUAAACGUCCUUGGACUAAUCUAUUAUUAUGUUCAAAAACAAAUGAAUGGCAAUGCUCUAUCGUUGUGGAUUCUAUUUCUAUGGCAAAUGGUGUUGCUAGUUCAAUAGAUUUUAAGACUAUUUAUGUCGCUUCAACGACGGAAAAACGAAUUCGUGUAUAUGAACGUCAUACAGAAAAUAAUUCAUUAUCUUAUGUACAAAGUCUUUUUGUACCAUUUUUAGUGGAUAAUAUUAUUGUUAAUGAACAUGAUGAAGUUAUUGUUGCUGGUCAUCCAAAUGUAAUAUCAUUUAUGUUGUAUGCAGCAGAUCCUCGACAUCAUCGUGCUCCUUCUGAAGUUGCACUCUUUCCUUAUCCAAAAUCAAAUUCAAUAUUUAAAACUCUAUUACUUACAAAUGGUGAAUUACUAUCAGCAUCAACUGUCGGUGGCACAUAUAAACAAAAACUUCUUGUUGGUGGUUUCUGCGAUCCUGGAAUUUUAAUAUGUCAAGAUUUGGUUUGA